UUGUCCGCAACAACCAAUCAGAAGGGUUCGUGUAGCUAGAUGCGUUUUACUCUGCGAGCGUGCGUACUAGCUUGAUGUUGGUGUUAAGCUUGAAAACUCAUUCAUUAGAUAGUUAGUUCAGCUUUGAUAGUAAGAUCAGAUUUGAGUAUUUACACAACAAUGAUCGAACCGAAGAAGCGUGGGGCAGACAUGGCAGUUGUUCCGGUUGGUUUGAAGAGACCCCGGACCGAGUUGGUGACCGCAGCUCAGAACCAGCAGCUCUCUGCUAUGGGUCCCCCGCGCAGCUCCAGUUUGCAGGCUCCUAUAAUGCUGCUCUCAGGUCAUGAAGGAGAAGUUUACUGCUGCAAGUUUCAUCCCAAUGGAGCCACAUUAGCCUCCUCGGGAUAUGACCGGCUCAUCUUACUGUGGAAUGUUUAUGGAGACUGUGAGAACUAUGCGACACUUAAAGGCCACAGUGGAGCUGUGAUGGAUCUUCACUACAACACAGAUGGCAGUCUGCUCUUCUCAGCCAGUACAGACAAGACAGUGUGUGUGUGGGACAGUGAGACAGGGGAGCGUGUGAAGCGUCUGAAAGGUCACACUUCCUUUGUGAACUCCUGUUUUCCGGCUCGACGCGGCCCACAGCUGGCCUGCACAGGCAGUGAUGAUGGUACUGUGAAGCUUUGGGACAUCAGGAAGAAGGCCUCUGUUCACACAUUCCAGAAUACCUAUCAGGUUCUUAGUGUGACAUUCAAUGACACCAGUGACCAGAUCAUCUCAGGAGGCAUUGACAAUGACAUAAAGGUGUGGGACUUGAGGCAGAACAAACUGAUUUACAGUAUGCAGGGUCAUGGAGACUCUGUGACAGGACUGUGUCUCAGCUCAGAUGGGUCUUACAUGCUGUCUAACUCGAUGGAUAACUCUGUGCGUGUCUGGGAUAUUCGUCCAUUUGCACCCAAGGAGAGAUGUGUGAAGAUCUUUCAGGGAAAUGUUCAUAACUUUGAGAAGAAUCUUCUCAGAUGCUCAUGGUCUCCUGAUGGAAGUAAGAUUGCAGCUGGAUCUGCUGACAGUCCCAGGAGUAUGACUUUCUUUCUUCUGCAGAAUACAAAACAAAAAUUUUUAGAAGAAUAUCUCGGCUUUUUAUAAUAAAAUGUCCACUUUCACAUUCGUGGCGAUUUGCAUUUGUAGUGCACCUACUGUGCAGGGAGAAGAAUUUACAGUAAAAAAAAGUAAAGGACCUUAAUAUUGAUCUGUUUUUCACCCUCACUUGUCAGAUUGCUUCAGAAGAUAUGGAUUUAACACCUGGAGUCUUAUGGAUUACGUAUAUGCUCCCAUUAUGUGCUUUUUGGAGCUUCAAAGUUUAGGACACCAUUCACUUGCAUUGUGUGGACCUACAGAGCUGAGAUAUUCUUCUAAAAAAUCUUAAUUUGGGUUUUACAGAAGAAAGAAUGUCAUAUACAUCUAGGAUGGGAUGAUGGUGAGUAAAUUAGAGAAUUUGGUGAACUAUCCCUUAAAUGUGAUGUGUUUG